UGAUUGGCAGAGAUGCCUCCACCUGUCGGACCUCCAGCAGUCCCGCCUCCAGACGGGGGGUGGGGCUGGGCUGUAGUGGGCGGGGCCUUCAUCUCCAUCGGCUUCUCCUACGCCUUCCCCAAAGCCACCACUGUGUUCUUCAAGGACAUCCAGAGGAUCUUCAACGCCUCCUACAGUCAGGUGGCCUGGAUCUCCUCCAUCAUGCUGGCCGUCAUGUACGCCGGAGGCCCCAUCAGCAGUAUUCUGGUCAACACAUACGGCUGUCGGCCCAUCAUGAUCCUGGGUGGUUUCCUGUGCGCCAUCGGGAUGAUCAGCGCCUCCUUCUGCAACAAUGUGUUAGAGCUCUACAUCUGCAUCGGCGUCAUCGGCGGUCUCGGUUUGGCCUUUAACCUGCAGCCGGCGCUGACGAUGAUCGGCAGGUAUUUCUACAAGAAGCGUCCGAUCGCUAACGGCUUCGCCAUGGCGGGCAGCCCGGUGUUCCUGAGCACGCUAGCGCCGCUAAACCAGUACCUGAUCAAUGAGUACGGCUGGAGGGGCAGCUUCCUGAUCCUGGGCGGGCUGCUGCUGAACUGCUGCGUAGCCGGGUCCCUCAUGCGCCCCCUAGUGGCUCCUGCCGGCUCCAUAGCGCCUCCCCCUGUGGUGGAGGUGAAACACGCAGAGAAGGAGAAGCUCACGGCCUGGCAGACGGUCAACAAAUACCUGGACCUGUCGCUGUUCAAGCACCGCGGCUUCCUCAUCUACCUGUCGGGCAACGUCAUCAUGUUCCUGGGCUUCUUCGCGCCCAUCGUCUUCCUCUCUCCGUACGCCAAAGACAACGGUGUGGAUGAGUACCAGGCGGCGUUCCUGCUCUCCAUCCUGGCCUUCGUGGACAUGUUUGCGCGUCCCUCCAUGGGCUUACUAGCGAACUCGCGCUGGGUGCGACCGCGGAUCCAGUACUUCUUUAGCUUCGCUGUGCUGUACAACGGCGUGUGCCACCUGCUGUGCCCGCUGGCUGAGAGCUACACGGGCAUGGUGGUGUACGCAGUGUUCUUCGGCUUCGCCUUCGGGAUGGUGAGUGCCGUGCUCUUCGAGACACUGAUGGACCUGGUGGGAGCGCAGCGGUUCUCCAGUGCCGUCGGGCUCACCACCAUCGUGGAGUGCUGCCCGGUGCUCAUCGGCCCGCCGCUCGCAGGUCAGCACAACACAACAGCUCUUUGAUUGACAUUUUCCCUUUGCACGUGUCAUCAGAGGGGGAAAGCCACGCCCUCUAGUCUCCCUCAUUAGCAUAACCAGCAGCCCUGAGUGAGAAGCAGCCGUCUGUCCAUUAGCCAUUAGAGUGUUUGAGCUGCUGAAGAUAACGUCAGCAUAGACUAAGAGGAUUAUAGAUGUGCAGUUUUAGACAGGAGUCUCCACACACUCACACUGAAGCACACAUGGGGCUGGGCGAUAAUCUCGGCAUCGAUAUUUAUUGACCGAACACUAUUGUCAAUAUCAAUAAAGAAGAUUCAGUAUGAA